CGAAGCGGCGCCGGAGAAACCGCCGGCAUAUCAUCCCCGCCGUUGAUCUUCUUCGAGUGGGGCCCAUCCUUCCUCACCGCCUCUAGAGUUUCUCCAUCGAGAAACGGAACCUACAACGUGAUAAAGGCUCCUUUUUUAUGGAUGAGCCUCUCGCCUGAGGGGCAAACCGUGAACUUCCUCGACCCCGACGGCCGGAGCGAAAUCUCCAGGGAUUUCGCGAUCUCCGAAGGCUUUGAUUGCGCAGAGAGCGAUCUGGUCCCUGUCAAUGUGAGUUUCAUGGGGAAAACGCAUUUUGUUGUCGAGGAAGAUUUGAGCUUUGCGUAUAAGAACGGGGUUCGCAGAAGUUCGAGCUCGGCGAAUCUGCGCGGAGACGAGGAGGAUGUAAUUGAAGCGGAAAUGGGGUCUCCGGGGAGCUUACCGGACCGGUUCAUGUCGGAGAUUUAUCAGUACUUUGCGAACCGGACGAGCCCCGUUGGGGACAGGACGUCAAGGAGGCAGAGGAGGAGAGAGAAGGAGAGGCAAGCGAGGAGGAAAUGGGAGCCUCAACAUUUCGUCAAGAUUGUUAAUUGCUCGCCUACUCCGUCUCGGCCAUUGCAGGGCCUGUGGAAGGGAAUUUAUGACGACAUGAACCUGGGCAUCUAUCUCGUUGCAUAUGACGAUAUUGAUGGCAUUUCUUGCCGAAAGGUUUGGAACUCGCGGGAAAAUUUUGCCAGUUAUGGUCCAGUAUUCUGGACAUCAAACAUUACAUUUGUGGAGUCUCCAUUUUCUUCUGAGGAAGAAAAU